AUGGCUUCCAAUAAUCCCCCGACGACCACCCGUCCCCAACGGCCGGUGCUGCAGCAGACCCUGCGCAGUAAUUCCUUCAUUCAGGACCACCAGCAAUACAAGCCCUCCAUUCCCGUCAAUCAGACCAUCGCCAAUGUUCUGGGAACUGGCAACUCCAUCGACUCUGGGUUGAGCUCGCUCUCUCUCAAUAACCCCAUUAGUCCCGAUCCCGAGAAAGUCACCGACAGCGGCAUCAUCCACAGCAUCUUCAACCACCACACCAAUCCCCUGCCUGGGGGCACUGCGCAAAUCGUCGCGACCAUCUACUACAAGUCCGCCAACCCUAUCCAUCCGCAUCUCCAUCCCGAUUCGUCCGCAAAUGCGGCACGCCCCGGCGACCGACUCCCCUCCCCCAUGGUCCCCCCGGGGUCGGCCCCCACCGUGGAUAUCGAGAAGAUCCCCCGCGAACCCCCGGCGCCAGAACCCGAACCCCUCGACCACCUCUACGGACCCUUCGUGUCGCAGCUCUGCUUGACCAAUUUCCUCCAGAUCAUCGAAUCCCUGCCGACCCCCUACCAGCGCAUGAACACCUCCCACCGCUGUCUCGACCAGCAUGAGAACCCCCGCGUCGUCGAAGUCACUUUCUCCCCGCCUCCCAACCCCGACUAUCUGACCUUUGGCGAUCUGCGCAAGCACGAGAGCAUCUGGCGCUUCGAGCGCGAGUGGAAUGUCGAGGUGGUCCUGCAAAAGGAGAGCGUGUUCCGUCGCCACAAGCGGCUGGUCGUCUUCGACAUGGACAGCACCCUGGUGGACAACGAGUCGAUCGACGAGAUUGCCAAAUUCAUCGGCGUCGAGAAACAGGUGUCGGAAAUCACGGAGCGUGCCAUGAAUGGUGAACUCGACUUCUCCGCCUCGCUGAAAGAGCGUGUCAGCCUGCUCAAGGGCGUCCCCGCAGACGUCUUUGACAAGCUCAAGUCCGUUUUGAAGAUCGUGCCCGGUGCGCGCGAACUCUGCAAGGCGCUCAAACAGUUGGGCUGCAAGAUGGCCGUUCUGAGCGGCGGAUUCCAGCCGCUGGCCGAAUGGCUGGCCGGCGAACUGGGUAUCGACUAUGCCCAUGCUAACCACACCCUCACGGGCCGUCUCGUUCCCACGUACCCGAUCAUCAACGCGGAGCAGAAGCGCGCGCUGCUCAAGUCCAUCGCUGCGGAGCAUGACAUCCCCCUGUCGCAGACCGUGGCCGUCGGCGACGGCGCGAAUGACCUGCCCAUGCUGCACGCCGCCGGACUCGGUGUCGCCUGGCGUGCCAAGAGCAUGGUCCAGCUUGAGGCACCUACCCGUCUGAAUGGCGAGAGCCUGGUCGACAUCCUGUACCUCUUUGGUCUGACGCAUGAGGACGUCCAGGAAUUGAUCGCCGAUGAGAUCGCAUGA